CGUUCCAAUUAAUGAACGAUCGAUGCAACAGCAGUUCAAGCUUAGCAACAGAGAGUUGAUUAUGUGGCACCUUAUUUGUGAAAACUAAUCUCCUUCAUCGAAGAUAGCUCGUCUGCUUUUGAUUUGUGGCACAUUGGUGCUGACGAGCUUGGAUGUCUUUGGCUGACAUUAGCUAGAUUGACUGGAUCAAAAGACUGGUUUGAUUAGGCUAAUUUAGCUAUUUUAAUGGUCUAAUGUUAAGGCUAGGUUAAACUAGCGCGAAUUAACAUGGGCAAAGUAAAGGGGGAUAGCAAACAGGGGGAUAGCAAAAACAAGAUUAGUAGUAUUGCGGCACAUGUACCCGAUUUGGUCGUCUACAGUGACUUCAGGAGGAUACCUUAUGUGGAACACUUCAAUGGCGUGUUAUUAUUUGCAGAUGUGUCAGGGUUUACUGCAUUAACUGAGAGAUUCAGUAUGUGCAGCAAGAAGGGCUAUGGAGCUGAUGAGUUGACCCGCACUCUCAACAGCUACAUUGGAGAUAUAGUAUCCCAUAUCUUGGCUGCAGGAGGAGAUAUUCUAAACUAUGCGGGGGACGCCAUUUUGGCUCUGUGGACAGUGGAGCGAUCACGAAUCAGUGAGCUCAUCUCUAUGGUUGUCAAAUGCGGCCUUAACAUUCAGGACAACUGUGGUGUUCGAGAGACAGAUGUCGGCUCAGUGUUGCGAGUUAAAAUAGGCAUAUCAGCGGGAAAACUGUCUAAAGUGAUCAUGGGAAAUGAAGAGAAUCGGUACUUUGUGGUGAUUGGACGAGCUGUGGAUGAGGUGCGGCUGGCUGAGGGAUUGGCUGUCGCUGGCAACAUCAUCCUGUCGCCUAAUGCCUGGGAGCUGUGUGACCGAGCCAACAUAGCAGUUGACCACUUUGAGGAUGAACGUGCUGUGAAGGUGCGAUACAUCAAGCGGGACCCAACUUUUUCUGUGGAGAAAUAUAUGGAAUCCGUUGGCAACAAUGUGGAGCAUGAAGACAAGAUUCAGGGUUGUGUGAGAAAAGCCUCCAGACUGAUGCCCAAUGAGGAGCGUGAAAAGUUUCUUCAGAAGUACAUCAUGAAGACUGUACUGCAGAAGAUCGAUGCCAACCAGCCCUUGGAGUACCUGUCGGAGAUGAGGCCGGUCACUAUUGUGUUUGUCAACCUGCAGUUCAAAGGCACUGAGGCCGAUGCCGAGCAGUGCCUGGCCAUCCACGUGGCCGCCAUCGGCCUCAGCAAGCAGAUGGUCAAGCACCACGGCCGAAUCAACAAGGUGUUCAUGUUCGACAAGGGCUGUACGUUUCUGUGUUUGUUCGGCCUGCCUGGGGACAAGCGGGAGGACGAGAGCACCCAUGCCCUGCAGGCGGCCUACGGUGCCUGCGAGUUCUGCCAGAAGGAGAUCCGGAGCUUAAGGACGGUCUCUGUUGGAGUGACCACAGGGCCUGUCUUCUGUGGAGUUGUGGGGCAUAAAUUCAGGCAUGAGUAUACAGUGAUUGGUAAGAAGGUGAACCUGGCGGCACGUCUGAUGAUGCACUACCCCGGCAUGGUGUCAUGUGACAGAGAGACGCACCACUACUCCAGACUACCCCAGGCCUACUUCACUGAGCUGCCCAAGAAGGCCAUGAAGGGGGUCAGAGACCCCGGGCCCAUCUACCAGUUCACCACCAGGAAAGUCAGGAUAACUGUCGGUCAGUCCCCCAUGUCCGUGGAGAGACAGAAAGAGUAUACACUUCUCGGUCGGGAGAAAGAGAUGGAGCUUUACUCCAGAAUGGUGAAGAGCUUCCUGGAGGGCAGAGCCUCAGACACACACACCUACAACAACGUUGUGAUCUUCGGAGGCGGCAGCGGCUACGGCAAGAGCCAUCUCUUGGCUGAAGUGGUCUACAGAGCCAGCAGGGGAAGCCUCAGAGUGAUGCCCUGUGAGUUGGCCAAGACAGACAUCCAUCAGCAGAACUACACGCUGCAAACUCUGCUGGCCCUCCUGCUCACCGUGGAGACGUGCAAGAACUUCGCAGAGCGCGAGAAGGUCAUCCUAUCCCAGAUCGAGCAACCGGACAUGAGGGAGAACCUCUGCCUGCUCAACGAGAUCCUCCUGGUCAAGUUCCCUGUUUCAAACAGAGUCUCACUCAUGGACAACGAGACUCGUGAGAAGGAGACCAAAGACUUCAUCAUGCAGCUUUUCUGCCACAUGGCGAGGCGGAGCCUGUGCGUGUACGUCAUCGACCAGGCGCACUUCGUGGACAGCCCGUCGUGUUGCUUCCUGUUGGAGGUGUGCGAGGCGGCGCACAUCCUGCUCUUCCUGUCCGUGCUGCUCGAGAGCGAGUGCAACCCCGAGCUGCUCCGCCUGCUGCGCGCCCCACGCACCGUCUACCACAAGCUGACCAGUCUCGAGCCCUCCGUCAUCGCACAGCUCGCCUGCCAGAUCCUGGGCGUCGUGCGCAUCCCCACCGAAGUGGAGCUUUUCCUGGUGGAGAGGAGUCACGGGGUGCCGUACUACUGCGAGGAGCUGCUCAAGAGCCUCUACCUGAGCCGCAUGGUCUACAUCUCGGAGGUGGAGGAGAGCGAGGAGUGCAGGGAUGUGGAGCUGCUCUUCCCAGGCCCUAGUGUGGAGGUGCCCAUCCCCUCCAGCAGAACCAGCUCAGAGGAGGAGAUCAGGAAGAAGUCCAUGGGACUGGACACACAAGAGAACACAUCCUCCCUGAAGUGCCGGAAGAUUGCUGCACUGGACGAGUCCGCUAGUGAGAGGCUGAACUUAGUGUGCUUGACCAACGAAGGAGCCAAAUUCCACCAGAUUCCCAUCCCGCUCACCUUAAGAGGUAUGGCCCUUGCCCACCUGGACCAGCUGCUGCCCAACGAGCAGAUGGUGGUGAAGUGCGCGGCCAUCAUCGGUCACACCUUCACCACGCAGAUGCUGACUCACAUCCUGCCCGAGCUGACCGAGGACAAGCUCAACGACACGCUGGUGUCGCUCUUCAAGGCCGGCACCUUCGUCUGCGGCUCGCAGCCCGAGCACUUGGUCGACCUGAGCCUGGUCGACGAGAAGUACAUGCUCAGCUGCUACUGCGACCAGCAGGCCCCGGCCAGGAGGGUCGAUGAAGAUGAAGAUGAGGAGGACAAGGAAGAGACGCCGGGCCAGGCGUCGGAGGGCGGCAUGUGGCGCUGCGAUGUGAUGCGCUUCCGCACAACGCUGGUGAAGGAGACGGCGUACGACCUGUGGCUGCAGGAGCAGCGGCGCGACUUCCACGGCGAGUGUGCCGCCUACCUGCUGAAGCGCGCCCACCGCUGCGUCCACUGCCCCACCGACGAGUUCGUCUUCGGACACAAGGCCGCCGUGGGCGCCGCCAUCAUCGAGAUCAGCGGCGUGCUCAACGUGCAGGUGUCCUGCGAGAAGGCCCUGCUGGACAUCCAGAAGAACCCCGAGCACCUUGGCCCACGACGAGGAACCAUCAUGAUCCCUCCCAAGUCUACGCUGGAGUCUGGAGAUGUGGAGAAAACUCUUGCUGUUCUGGAUGCCAUCAUUCAGGACCACCAGCAGGGGGCGAAGCUGAGCAGGUGGUGCUGCUGUGACCAGGUGCUGGAGGUGGUGCUGAUCCCCAUGGCGCGCCACUGGAUAGGUGUGGGCGACGUGCCCAAGGCCCUCUACUACCUGCUGGAGUCGUCCGCCGCCUGCAUCUACCUGUCUUAUAACUUCAGGGCUUUGUCCUACCUGAAUGAGAUUCAGACCAUACUGGACAAUGUGAAGUCUGGGAGGUCUGCAUUUGACACAGCGAUGAAGGGCAGAAUGAGGGUCUGCAAAUUUGAGAAGGCCUUAGCGUACCGCCUGAAAGGACAGGUGUUGUUCAACACGGGUCAGAUUAAGGAGGCGGAGGCCAUGUUCACCAAGGCCCUACGGCUACUGGGCAGGCGGCUGCCCAUGACGCCCGUCAUCGCUGCCGUCAAACUCGUCUACGAGAGGAUGAGGAAGCUGAGGCUCCGCUCACAGGAACUCGAGAGACCUGAGGAGAAGAGAUUAGCGUUUCUGCACGAGCAAAUCAACUGCUUGUCCUUCAUGUGGAAGAUCAGCUGCAUCAAGAGGGUGCCACAGAUUGACCGUGCCAUGCUGGCCAUCACCAUGGAACAGAACACAGCCACCUUGACCUCUCAACAGGAUAGGGUGGUCUUCUCCAUUCUGGACUUGCACCGGUUCAGCCAGAGCUGUGGUCAGGAGGAGGAGUGUAAGCGUUAUGAGCGGCAGCUCUUUGAGCUGUUGGCCCAGCUGCCCGACACCACCGAGGCCUACACACUCAUCUCCCACUUCAUACGCAACCUCUGCAUCAUCCGCCUCUGUGAUGGACAUCUAGAGGAGGCCAUCCAGUAUGGUGCACACACCGCUCCUAGUGUGAGCAGCAAUAACUCUCAGCACACCGCUCCUAGUCACACCGCUCCUAGUGUGAGCAGCAAUAACUCUCAGCACACCGCUCCUAGUACGGUGGUGUGUGUGUGUUCACCCCCCAGGUACAACAUGUGUGUGCAGGUGACCAUGCGUCUGGAGCGCCUGAGCAACACUAGAGGGGUCAGCACUGGUAAAGGCUGGUUCUACAUGUCCUGCUUGAACUGCAUGCUCUACGCUGGUUUUCUGGUCAGACAUCUGGAUGAGUGCCUGAUGUUUGUGCAUGAGUCCCAAUCUGACCCCUGUCUGCUGGCUGACCAAGGGCUGAUGUUCACUCUGUACUCAGCAGUCUGUCUCUGGUACGUGAGGCUGGGUGACUGGCCGCAAGCGCGUCUAUUUUACACCAAGGCGACUAAUGUGUACCGUGAGGCACCGUCCAGCCUGUUGGCCAUCGGUGGCAACGUCAUGUUCCUGGAGCUGCGGGUGCUGCUGUUCAGGAAAGCCCUGUUGGAGAACAACGCGCACAUCCAGGACAUCUACCGCAGAGCACUCAAGUGCUUUGCUGAGUUCAGACAGCGCUUCAGAGGCAACCAGCUGUACCAGCCGCGGCUGCUGCACCUGCAGGCCUACAUGAACCAGCUGGCAGGCCACAGGAGCACAGCCACGCAGCUGCUGCACAGGGCCCUGCUGCUGUGCGACGCGCAGGGCAACAAGCUGGAGAGGAGCUGGAUCCAGCAGAGCCAGGCUGCCUGGGAGGCCCAGUUUCGGCAGGACCAACAGAAGAAGUUCCAGGCCUCCUGGCUCAUCGCCACACUGACCAUGCCCAUAUGGGACGAGUUGUACCCGCCGUCGCUGGACGAGCUCCUGGAGCAUCGCUACGUGCUGACCGUGCCCAGACGGCGCUUGACCGCCAAGGUGUCCGCUGUGCUCCAGCCAUUCACCGUGACGGAGGAGGAGCCGCACAGGGACACGAGGGACUCCGAGACGCACGUGCAACGGGCGAAAGGCUCAGAUACCUCCACAAGAAUUUCUGACACACGGGGGAAAACACCUCACAGCGAGAGAGAUUCCAAGGCGGGGGGUGCACAGACGGCUCUGAGAGAGAUUCCAAGACGAGGGUGCAGCAGGCAAACGGCUCAGAGACCUCCAGGGAAACCCCCGAGACACAGAUGA